UUGGUCAUGUCUUCUAUAGGACCGGCCUUGAGGAUGGGCAGUUUGCGCGUGGUGAUGGUGAAGCCUUGCUUGGUGAUGGACGUGUCGGCGUGGCCAGGUGCCACGGUAUCGGCGGGCGCUCCGUUGAGCGAUGCCAUAUUAUGAGAUGUAUGCGACGAGACCCUUUUGAAAUAAUGCGGCGAGGCGAGUGACGGUACGGAUUCUUCUUCCUCUUCUUCGCUGCCAGCUGCAGGUGGGCCCGAUGGCGGGGAGCUUCUUUGGAGUGGGGCGCGAACGAAAGCUCCGACCGCCGAUCGCCGUCUCCCAUAGCAACGUGUGAAACCCACUUGUUUGUGGUUAACUAGCUGGCAUGCCGUCCCUGAACCUUGAACAACCAUCAACAUAGCAUUCCAUAAUACCCUUGGGCACGUCUUUUGCUGCCGUACUGCCUGCUUCCUGUCGCUCCAGCCUGCAUCUCGACAUCGCCAUGGCCGACGUUGCAAACCUCGAAGCCGCCUUUGAGCGCACCACCAUCAACGAUGAGAACGACGACCAGGUCGCAUCCACGACCACCACUACGACCUACCACAAGGCAAAGUCUUCGGCAACCACAUCCGGCCUGUCGUCGUCACAAUCAGCUGCAAACCGCAUGAAGCUGCCCCAUCAAAUUCCAUUACAGAAGCUUGCCACACAAAACGCAAAGACGGCCAACAUCGCCAAGGUCACCAUCACAGCAAGCGCCAGCCGCCCCUCAGAACAAAACCCCUCUCACCGCCGCACCCUUACCGAGUCAGCCAUCUACACCGCUCCUUCAAACCCCGCACAACCCAAACAAUGGCAUCUGGGCAUGUUCGAAAUCGGCAAGCCCCUUGGAAAGGGAAAGUUUGGUCGCGUCUACCUCGCCAAGGAACGGUCGUCAGGCUUUGUGUGCGCUUUGAAGGUCCUCCACAAGUCCGAGCUCCAACAAGGCAAAGUCGAGAAGCAGGUCCGCCGAGAGAUCGAGAUCCAAUCACACCUCACUCACCCCAACAUCCUCAAGCUGUUCGGUCACUUCCACGACGCAAAGCGCAUCUUCCUCAUUCUCGAGUUCGCCGGCAAGGGAGAACUCUACAAGCACCUCCGCAAGGAACAACGCUUCCCAGAAUGGAAAGCAGCUCAAUACAUUGCCCAAAUGGCCGCAGCGCUCAAGUACCUCCACAAGAAGCACGUCAUGCACCGCGACAUCAAGCCCGAAAACAUCCUCGUAGGCAUUCACGGCGAGAUCAAGAUUUCUGACUUUGGUUGGUCGGUUCACGCACCCAACAACCGCCGAAACACCAUGUGCGGAACUCUCGACUACCUGCCCCCGGAGAUGCUUCGCGGUGGCGGCAAGGACAACUACUACUCUGAGAAGGUUGACCUGUGGAGUUUGGGUGUCUUGACAUAUGAGUUCUUGGUCGGCGAAGCGCCUUUUGAGGACACACAAGUCAUGACACAGCGCAAGAUUGCGAGGGGAGAGUACACAGUCCCAAGCUUUGUCAGCGCAGAAGCACGGGAUCUCAUCAAGAGACUCCUGGUACUUGACCCUGAGAAGCGUAUCGCGCUCGAGGAUGUUGAGGUACACCCGUGGAUCGUGAAGCACUGCAAGGGCAGCCCACGAGCUUACGAGCGUACCUCUGGGGGCAAGAUCCGCAGCAGCUCAGAGCAAUCUGAGGAGAGCUACUAGACUUGUUCUUGGUCUUCAUUACAUAAUGUCUAACAUUUACGACGGCGAAAGGGCGUUCUGCACGGAAGUCAUUGAUUUUUUUUCUUAGUCGCGCUUAUAGUCGCAUUGCUUGGAGUCUUCGGUUUGCCGUUGGCGUUUGGUAUAUUCAUGGGUAUACACCCCACAUCGCAUGCAAUGCAAGCAUUUCAAUCUUCAUUCUUGACCC